GUACCGUCACAUGAUUGAGCGGCACUGAGAGACCAGACUGCUUUCAAAAAUAAACUGCUUUUAUAAGUAAAAAGUAUCGGCGAUACUGGCCCUGAAUUUACUUGGUAUCGGAUCGACACACCACUACCACUUAGAAACCACACGGCCUGUUUCCUGUGACACUGUUACUAAGCAACCGUAAACAACAAAUAAUCUGUUUUGAGGACUGCAGGAUUAGUGUUGGAAACAUCCACAAAGAAAACAGAGACAAUGGCAUUUGCAGACUUAGUGGAUGGCAAUGCUAAGCCGAAAUCUAUGAGCCGAGCAAAACAAUGGACAGAUGAGGUGGAGAAUCUGUACAGAUUUCAACAAGCAGGAUACAGGGAUGAGAUGGAAUACAGGCAAAUUAAACAAGUGGAGAUUGACCGGUGGCCAGAGACUGGCUUUGUGAAAAAGCUUCAGCGAAGAGACAACACAUUUUAUUAUUAUAGCAGAAGGCGAGAGUGUGAAGACAAAGAAGUGCACAAAGUCAAGGUGUAUGCGUACUAACAUAAUUGAUCCCACUUUAGGAGUUCCUAUUUAUUGCUAUUUUUUCCUUUCUUUUUUGCUCUGUGCAUAAUUAUAAACUUAUAAUAAAUGCACAUGAGUAUUUAUUUAAGUAUUUUAUAAGUUGCCAUUAAUAAACAUAAUUUAACAUUGAAUUGCUAUUGUGAGAAAUUUAUGUAACAAUAAAAUUGUGUAUACGUACUACAAA